GAUUUUUACCGGAAGACUUGCGCGCAUGCGCUGUCAACCUCAACGCAAGGAGCAGGGACCGGGCCACGGCGCAAACCGCAUUAAUAAAACGAGAUGGCUGGAUUGCCCCGCAGGAUUAUUAAGGAGACGCAGCGCUUAUUGGCUGAGCCUGUGCCUGGAAUCAAAGCGGAGCCUGAUGAGGGAAACGCUCGGUAUUUCCAUGUGGUGAUCGCUGGGCCGCAGGAUUCGCCCUUUGAGGGCGGGACAUUCAAACUGGAGCUGUUCCUCCCAGAGGAGUAUCCCAUGGCUGCUCCCAAGGUCCGAUUCAUGACCAAAAUCUACCAUCCUAAUGUGGACAAACUGGGCAGGAUCUGUCUGGACAUCCUGAAAGAUAAAUGGUCUCCAGCUCUUCAGAUCCGUACAGUGCUGCUCUCUAUCCAGGCUCUACUAAGCGCUCCGAACCCUGAUGACCCACUGGCUAAUGAUGUCGCUGAACAGUGGAAGAGCAACGAGGCUCAAGCCAUUGAAACAGCCCGAACAUGGACCAGGCUCUAUGCCGGCAACAACAUUGAAGUUUAGAAGAAGGAACCGGUGGCAUCACGUGAGAGAAGUGGAACAAUCUCCUCCAGUCUUCUUUUGCAUUUAAAGGACACUUUCUCAGACAAAUUAAAACAGCAAGCGAAAAAAAAAAAAAUACGAUUCAAAAGCAACUACUGCAGCCCUUUGGGUGAGUGUUGGUGUGUUCCUGGUCAGAGCUAAUGUUCGCUCCACUAUAUGAUCUCUCUGCUUCUGGGUUCGGCCAGGAAAUGACGUGUGGUGAUGGCCUGGGGUUUCCCAGCGUCCCUUGCGUGGUCACUACACUGGACCCUGUCAGAAUGUGUAGUACAGUCUCUAUUACAGUCAUUAGCGCAGUGGAUUUCACUGGAAACUGAUUGUAGGCUCCAGGCCCUGCAUCCAGGUGGAUGGUUCAUUUUUGUUAAUUUCAUUUUUGUGUUAUGGGGUGUAGAGGGAGGGCCUGUUAAACGUGGGAUGCAUAUAUGCUGCUUCUCGGUCAGGGACAAAAUGAUGUGAAUUUCUUUUUUUUUUUUUUUACCUUUUCCUUCCUGUGAAACUCUUCAGUUCAUUAAACGCAUGUGGUGAACCCGUCUAUAUCAUUGCCUAUCUGACAGAACCCGCUCUGACGUUGUUGUAUUCCAAACGAAACGUGUGUGAGUGUCCGUGUAAAGGUUUGUGUUUCGGCUGGAAUGGAAUCUGUAUGACUUGUCUGGGAAAAUUAAAUCUGUAAAUGUUCAGUUUUAGUAAAAAUAUUUUUUGUUAUGUUA